AUGGGCCAACUCCCUCAGUCUCGAGUCACGCAAUCAAGGCCGUUUCUUCACUCUGGCGUUGACUACGCUGGUCCAUUCUCGAUUCGAGCCUCCCGCGGAAGAGGAGCGAAAUCAUGCAAGGGAUAUAUCGUUAUCUUCAUCUGCUUCACGACCUCGGCUGUGCAUCUCGAGCUAGUUUCGGACUACACGACGGAGGCAUUCAUCGCGGCGUACAAACGCUUCACAUCUCGACGAGGAAUUUGUGCCUCAAUCGCAAGCGAUUGUGGAACAAAUCUCGUCGGCGCAGACUCAGAACUUCGCCGUCUUCUCGCUGCAUCGUCAAAGGAGUUCGCAGAAAUCGCAAACACCCUCGCAUCACACGGAACCCAGUGGCGGUUCAAUCCUCCCUCCGCGCCUCAUUUCGGUGGAAAAUGGGAAGCCGGAGUGAAAUCAGUCAAAUUUCACCUCAAACGAGUCAUCGGAGAAGCUACUCAAACGUUCGAGCAAUUCGCGACGUUCCUCACGCAAGUAAAAGCCACGCUUAAUUCUCGACCUCUUUGCGCUAUCUCGGACGAUCCACGGGAUCCAAGUGCCUUGACUCCAGGACACUUUCUCGUCGGCUCAGCAUUGAACACAAUUCCUGAGCCGUCACUCAUCGAGGUGCCAGUUCAACGGCUAUCGCAUUGGCAACACUCGCGUCAAAUGCUGGAGCAUUUUUGGAAACGGUGGAGUACGGAGUAUCUUCAGUCCUUCCAAAACCUCUCGAAAUGGCAGACUCAUCACGGGAACAUCAAAAUCGGAUCCAUCGUUCUCGUAAAAAACGAAAAUCUACCUCCAUCUGUGUGGCCCCUCGCAAAAGUGAUCGAAGUGCAUCCGGGAACCGACGGUCUCGUUCGCGUUGUGACCGUUAAAACGAAAUCCUCUGUGUUAAAACGUCCAAUCGUAAAAUUGUGUGUGCUUCCAGUGUCCUCUUAA